UUUGCUAGAUAGCUGUGAUGUGAUACUGUGAUAUAUUAGCCGUACAUUGUUUUGAUAUUUACCUUUAUAUAUCUAAUAGAUUCGUUUAUACAAAAACCUUGCAAAAUUAUAUCAACCUUUAAACGCCGUGUGUCAAAGUGAUAUUUAAAAACGUAGUUUAUUUAAAAUGGAAAACAAACAGUCUAGUAAGUACAAUGCAAACUAUCAGCGCGAUAAAGUUUCAAUCAGCGAAGAGUUUACACAAGAUUUACAAAAUUCCAUAUACGAAAUCGUAAAGAAAGAAGAUUAUAUUACUUAUGAUAUUGAUUCGAGGAAAAUAUCGACCGGCGGCAACAAUUUUUUAGGGGAAUUGUAUGAAAUCAAUAUAACAGGAAAAUCUUCUGUGGGACCUAAACAUACUAGUUUAUUCUUAAAGCAUAUUAUUUAUAAUGAUGACUUUAAAGUUUAUUCUAUACCAGAAGUGUACAAUAAGGAAGCAUUUGUUUAUAAUACACUCUCUAAAAUAUACGAUGAACUACAAGACAAGGCGGGAAUUCCUUCAGAAGAAAGAUUCAGAAUGGUAAAGAGUUAUAAGGAAACUAAUGAUAAAGCUAUUAUCUUAGAUAAUUUAAAUAUAAAGGGGUUCAAAACUAUGCCAAGAUUUGAUGUUAUGUCGAUAGAGUUUGCGGAGUUAUCUAUAAAACAGUUAGCAAAAUUUCACAGUUUAUCUUUUGUUUUGCAAAGCAAGAACCCGGAAUAUUUUGAAAGUAAAAUUAAGACAGUAAAACAAUCAUUUGUGUACGAUGAUUAUUGGAAUGAGUUGGCAAAGAAAAUGUGUGAUAUGUCUUCAAGUAGAAUGGAUGAAGCUACAAAGAAGAAAAUCGAUAAAUUAUAUUUAAUUUCGCUAGAUAAAUAUCCAAAGUACAUGAACGGACUGAAUUCGUCGAUAAAAUGUCUGGUACAUGGUGAUUAUAAAAUGAAUAAUGUUUUGCUGAAAGAAAGUGACGGACGAGUUACAGAAGUCAUACCGAUCGACUUCCAGCAAAUCUACUACGGCUGUCCGAUCAUCGACCUAAUAUACUUCCUAUAUGCUGCAAGCGACAGGAACUUCAGAAAACAACACUUAUACUAUCUUAGGGACAUCUACUUCGAGAGUUUAACGAGCUUCCUCGACUAUUUCGACGUCGACCCGGGUUUCUCAAGAGAAGCUUUCGAAAAAUGCUUUGAAGAUAGUUUGGACUACGCUUUGAUGUACACCCUGUAUAUGUUACCCUGGUUUUUUAUUGCGGAAAAUGUACCGGAUUUGGCUAAGGAUGAGUUGUUAGAUACGUCGCUUCAAGUUGAUGAGCGAUUCUAUGGCAGGAUGCAGGAAAUAGUUGACGAAUUUAUUGAAUUAGGCAUCCUGUGACCAAAUAUUUUAUUGUUAUCAGUAUAGAUUAAAAUACUUUGCAUUUGAAAUAGACCGAAAGAGUUUUCUACUUCUAGUUUUUCUACUUAAAUACUAGAAAAGCCGUAGCAGUUUUAUUAAAUAGUUCUUAAGUAUGUUGUCUACUGCAAUACUCUAACAAGUUUUAUCAAUUAGUUCAAUAUUUUAAGAAUUAUCUAUUUAUAAAAUUAUCAAUAUAAACUGUGUCAUCUCUUGUUUCCAACUUGUCUCAUGGACCUUUGAAAAAGUAAUUCAAAGCUGCAAUUUUUCCAACUAGAUGGCGCUACAGUCGCUAUAAGACUGAUGUAAUAGGCAUAUAUUAAUUUUAGUAUCGACGGUAGGAGAGAC